AAUCAACACUGGUUAUUAUAUACCUCAGGAGUCUUUCUUCCUUUCGGAGCAACCGACUACACAAAGGAACAGCAUGCUGCUAAAGACAGAGCUGUUUUUCCAGAGUAUUAACAUAUGAGAGCAAUAGAGAAGAUGCCAUUCAGCUUACGAUUUUCUUGAUCUUCAGUUGUCCCUUUCUGCUUCUCCCUCUCGGCAUUAGACAAUCUGUCCCUUCAACAUGUCUGCCCAGCUGUGCCGCGCCCUCUAUGACAACGCCGCCGAGUGUCCGGAUGAACUGUCCUUCCGCAAGGGCGACCUGAUGGUGCUGCUGCAGCCCGAAGCCCCGGGGCUGGAGGGCUGGCACCUCUGCUCCUUGCACGGCCAGCACGGCAUCGUGCCGGCCAACAGAGUCAGGAUCCUCUCGGAGCCCGGAUCCCCUGGGCCGAGCCCUCUGCGCAACCACGGCCCGGGCGAGGUCUACCAGGUGCCCAGGAAGGAGACGGCCCUGGUUGGAACCGUCUACGAAGUGCCCCCGGACGAGCGGAGAAGAAGGGGGCAGAGAAAGGAAGAGCAGGAGGUGUACGAGGUGCCACCCCCUGCCAGGCCGUGCCCCCUGCCCCUGGAAGGAAUCUACAGGGUGCCACGCGGCACCAGAAGAGAUGGGGACCCCAGGGAGGUUUACGACGUCCCCUCAUCCCUGCUCAGGGACUCCCCGUCCGACACAUACGACUCGCCCUCCCCGUGCCCCAAGAAGGUGGCACGGGUGGCCCCUCAGCCCACGGUCCUCGUGCCCUCCGAUGAGCCCUACGACGUGCCGCUGGCCUUCAAGAAGCCCCCCGGCCCGGAGGGGGAAGAGGAGGAAGACGGCGGAGGCUGCGAAAGGCCCCUCGUCUACGCCACUCCGUCCAACCUGCGCCGGGCCGAGGCCCUGCUGAACCUGUACGAGUCCCCGGAGGAAGUGCUGGGGGGCGGGCGGGAGGGGGCGGAGGAGGGGGAGGACGGGGGCAUCUAUGACGUCCCCUUGCUGGCCCCCAGCUCCCCGCCCCUCGAGGGGGUGCUCCAGGGGCUGAGCCUGAGGGAGCCCGGGCCGCCCUCCCGCCCCCGCCUGCCUUCCGCCGAGAGCUUGUCCCGCCGCCCGUUGCCCGCCCUGCCCAGCGAAGAGCGGCUGUCUGCGGAGCCCCCUCCUCCGUCGCCAAACAUCGUGCGGAAGGGCAGCAUCCAGGACCGCCCGCUGCCCCCGCCCCCGCCCCGGCUGGGGGGCCUCGGGGCCGGGGACCCGCUGGAGCACGUCCCGGAUGAGGGCCACAACGAGUACGAGGGGAUCCGCCUGGCAGACGAGUAUGACUACGUCCACCUCAAGGGGGCAGAUAAAGUGCAGUCCAAAGCGACGAUUCCUGAAGGGAGCCCCAAACUAGCCCUCCCUGGAGACACUGCUCAGACUGAAGAUACGGUGCCAACUUCCCUGGAAGACAGCCAGCUCCUCCGCUUCUACACGGAACAGUGUCAGAACCACUACACCACGCUGCUUUCGGCCAUCGAGGCGCUCCUCGCCAGCGCCGGCGCCCACCAGCCCCCGAAGGUCUUCGUGCCGCACGGCAAGUUCGUCAUCGUCACAGCGCACAAACUGGUCUUCGUGGGGGACACGGUGUCCCGGCUGGCGUCCUCCGCCGUGGUGCGGGCGAGGGUGGGGGCGGCCAGCGGGGCCCUGUGCCAAGCCCUGAAAGAGGCCGUGCUCGCCGUCAAGGGGGCGGCCUUGCGCUACCCUUCGCUCCCCGCCGCCCGGGAGAUGCGCGAGUGCGUGGCUGAGCUCUCGCGCCAAGCCCUGGCGUUCACCUCCUUGCUCGGCACCCUGGCGCCUUCGUGAUCCGGCGAUCGGCCCCGCUCCGAUGCGUCACCGGCAUCCAUCCGAUCCCCUCCGCGGCGACACCAGCU